CCACCAUUAAGCGUUCAACACAGCGGUGCUAGCGUUGAUUUAGCUAUUUUAAGCUUACAUUUGAACGGUUUGAGUUCUAUUUUGGGCCCAGUAAAUAUGCUGGUUACUGUAGCUGGCUUGCGCGCCCCUGGAAUGUCCCUAUUGUGCAUUCCGUUAUUUGUUUGGGUUUGGGCUAGAAGCUUUACUGCAGUAUUAGUUAUUUUAUCAGUACCAGUUUUAGCCGCUACUUUAGUGAUG